GGCCGUCCGCCUUCCGCCACCGGAUUGGCUGUGCCCCGGGACUGAGGCCCCGCCCAUUUCCCCGGGUCCUUUGAUCACGCGCCUGCCGGCUCUUCCGGGGCCUGGGAGCCAAGCGAGGGCGUUCCUGUCCGGGCUGCGGCGGCGGGAGGGAGCCCAGUGGAGGCGCCCUCCCGAGGCACUACUGCCCAUGCUGAGCACCCAGCCCGGCGGCUGCCGAUGUCAUGAGUAACACUACGGUGCCCAACGCCCCUCAGGCCAACAGCGACUCCAUGGUGGGCUAUGUGCUGGGGCCUUUCUUCCUCAUCACCCUGGUCGGGGUGGUGGUGGCUGUGGUAAUGUAUGUCCAGAAGAAAAAGCGGGCCGACCGGCUCCGCCAUCACCUGCUCCCCAUGUACAGCUACGACCCCGCUGAGGAGCUGCACGAGGCUGAGCAGGAGCUGCUCUCUGAUGUGGGCGACCCCAAGGUGGUACAUGGCUGGCAGAGUGGCUACCAGCACAAGCGGAUGCCCCUGCUGGAUGUCAAGACCUGACCUGCCCCCCCUGCCCUGCUCUCCAGAACCAUGGGGUCUUGGGAGUGCCUGGGGCCUGCGGCUUCCUUCCCCACUUGCACUCCCCCAGCUUCCCCCCGCCCCUGGCUGGGAACUGGGUCUCCUCUCCCCUCCCAUCCAGCCCUGGCAGCUCACUUCCCCCCCCCCCCCCGCCAACAGGCCUUCAGUCUCUGGUGGGCCGAGCCUUCCACCCGCUCCCCGGGCUAAUGAAAAGUUUUUCCUGCCCAGUUGGGUGGUUGGAGACAUUUUCCUGGGCACCACCUUUCUCUUGAGCCCUCCCCAACCUGGCUUUGGAUUUGUUUCCAUGGUGACAGGGCCGAAUAGCCUCCAGGAGGAGGGGAACGCGGGCAGAACAGGAGGCGGCAAUGAGGACGAACAUUUGGCGCUGGUCGCAGCAGCAAUGACGGAUGUCUAA